GUCUGAAUGGAUCUCUUGUCUCUUCUCAGAGGGUGAGCGUCUUGAUGCCAAGAUGAAACGCCUGGAGGCUAAGUACACAGCCCUGCACCUGGUUCCUCUGAUAGAACGCCUGGGAACCCCACAGCAAAUAGCCAUAGCUCGUGAAGGUGACCUGCUGACCAAAGAGCGUCUGUGCUGUGGCCUGUCCAUGUUCGAGGUCAUCCUGACUCGCGUCCGCGGUUUCCUGGACGACCCCAUCUGGCGCGGCCCGUUGCCCAGCAACGGCGUGAUGCACGUGGACGAGUGUGUGGAGUUUCACCGGCUGUGGAGCGCCAUGCAGUUUGUUUACUGCAUCCCUGUAGGAGCACACGAGUUCACCGUGGAGCAGUGUUUCGGGGACGGUCUCCACUGGGCUGGGUGUAUGAUCAUCUCCCUACUGGGUCAACAGAGACGCUUUGACAUCCUGGACUUCAGCUAUCACCUGCUGAAGGUGCAGAAACACGAUGGAAAGGAUGAGAUCAUCAAGAGUGUGCCUCUUAAAAAGAUGGUGGACAGAAUCCGCAAGUUCCAGGUCCUCAACGACGAGAUCUUUGCCAUCCUGAACAAGUACCUGAAGUCAGGUGAUGGAGAGAACAUGCCAGUGGAGCACGUCCGGUGUUUCCAGCCUCCUAUCCACCAAUCCCUGGCCAGCAACUGAGAUUGACCGGUGCACGUCUCCUAUAGUACCAUCCCAUGUCAGACUAGACACAGAGGAUGUGUCUGAAAUGGCACCCUAUGCCCUAUAUAGGACACUACUUUAUAUAAACGGCACUACAUAGGGAAUAGGGUGCCUUUUGGAACGUAAACCCAUCAGACUAGACACACAAUAUUCCUUAAUCUGCUUCUUCCACCUUUUAGCUUUUUAAGCAGCAGCGAGACUAAAGCCUUUGUUCACACUUAUUGCCUUAAUGUUCAAACUAGAUGUGUGUUCAGACAGCUGACAUCGCUACGCUGGUUGUCAUAGUAACAACAGGUGUGUGCAGGCUGAUUGGUGGUGGUGAGUUUGACACCCCUGCCCCGAAGGCCACAGCAGUCAACUAGCUAGCCGUUGGGCUUUCUAGCACAAUCACUCAUUCGUUUCUAAAUAACACGCUAGUUAGUUACCACAUGUUCUUGUCAAACUGUCAGAGUAGCCAGCAAGCAACAAGAUAUGUUGGGGAAAUAAAUGAGAUUUGACCGUUCAGGCAAAAGUCCCCUUCCGUGUGUUCUUUGGCUGUUCAGACGGCAGGAAGCAGAUCACUUCAAACUGCCAGUGUGAACAAGGCGUGAGGUCUAACUUCCCUGACAAACUGCCAGUGUGAACAAGGCGUGAGGUCUAACUUCCUUGACAAACUGCCAGUGUGAAGUCUAACUUCCUUGACAAACUGCCAGUGUGAACAAGGCGUGAGGUCUAACUACCUUGACAAACUGCCAGUGUGAACAAGGCGUGAGGUCUAACUUCCCUGACAAACUGCCAGUGUGAACAAGGCGUGAGGUCUAACUUCCUUGACAAACUGCCAGUGUGAACAAGGCGUGAGGUCUAACUUCCCUGACAAACUGCCAGUGUGAACAAGGCGUGAGGUCUAACUUCCUUGACAAACUGCCAGUGUGAACAAGGCGUGAGGUCUAACUUCCCUGACAAACUGCCAGUGUGAACAAGGCGUGAGGUCUAACUUCCUUGACAAACUGCCAGUGUGAACAAGGCGUGAGGUCUAACUUCCUUGACAAACUGCCAGUGUGAACAAGGCGUGAGGUCUAACUUCCCUGACAAACUGCCAGUGUGAACAAGGCGUGAGGUCUAACUUCCUUGACAAACUGCCAGUGUGAACAAGGCGUGAGGUCUAACUUCCUUGACAAACUGCCAGUGUGAACAAGGCGUGAGGUCUAACUACCUUGACAAACUGCCAGUGUGAACAAGGCGUGAGGUCUAACUUCCUUGACAAACUGCCAGUGUGAACAAGGCGUGAGGUCUAACUUCCUUGACAACUGUUUGUGCCUUAUGAUCUUAAUAGCCGUUUUCAUUCUAAACUCUUUCUGUUUUCUGGAGCAUUUAAACUAUCAAAUGAUUAUUUAAGGGGUUUGUGGUGGUGGGAUGUAAUUGGUGAACAGUAGCCUGUAGUCAAUGAGAAAUAGUCUGAUUCGUUAAACAUCAGCAGCUUAAAGGAAACCAAGUUCUUACUUAUAAUCAUUUAUUCACUGUGCCUUUUUGGAAUCAUUUUUAAUUCAAUAAAUAUAUAACAAAUC